UUACCAGUGCUAGAAGUGCUGGGUUCAAUUACCCUUAACUGCAUUCAUUUAUUUUGGCCCUAAAUAUGAAAUAGGACACGUGUCACUCCCAGAACGCACGAAUUGAUGACGUGGCUUCACGGGAGAGAGGCGAACAUUUCUUUAUAUAUAUUUAUUGACAAGGAUCAAAUGGGUAAUUAGACUAAAAACAUAUUUUGUUACUAUAUCAAAAGUGACUUACUAUAUCUUUUUUUAGCAACAAACUUGAUUAAUAAACUGAGACCGUGAAGGUCUAACUGUUACAAAGAUCGGAUUUCGCAAUGUAGUCCGCUAACACAUUUUGGUCUUUUGGGAUAAAAGAAAACAUGAUAAAACUGAAACAAGAAGAUAUAUAGGACUUCAAUGUCCAUUAAAACUCCAAAGAGUUCUAAAGCACUUGAAAGUCCAAGUGCAUUUUAUAGGUUUGUAAGCGAGCAGUGCUAUUAGUUUUUAACCUUUUCUCAAAAUAUGUCUUGAAAGUGUUGGAAAUUUCUUUAACUGACGUUGAUUAUGGAAUCAAACUCAUACUAUUCAUUUUAAGUUGUAGAAAAUGGAAUACUAUGUACCAUUUGAAACAUUUAUAAUAAGAGGAUAGCAGUAGAUAUGGUCGAGUUUAAUCUAUGGCCUUGAUUCACACAAUUAGUUCUUCUACUACUCUUUUCAAAAGAAACAAUUAGAUACAUGACACAUUCAUAGUGAAAGAGGGUUUUUUGGGUUAAAUAAAUUUAACUUUCAUUCAAAAAAAAUCUUCUGCACUCAAACAACACCAUUAAACUUGCUUUGUUUAUUUAAGGUCAGUUUGCUUCAUAUAUACACAUAUAUAUUAUGUUUAUUUACAAUUUAAAUACCCAAGAAUAAGAUAUAGAAAAACUUAGGAUUCCAAAUGAACGCUUGUUUGGAUUUAUGCAACAAAAAAAAAAACUGAUCGGAAAUAACAACAAAGUGAGAGGGAAUCUUGAAAUAAAAAGCGAAUGAAAGCUACAUAUCAUAAUGUGACAAAAUAUAUAUUUCUAAAAAUGUGUUUCCAAUAUCUACUGGUGUCACAUAACUGGAGAAAGCAAAAUUAAUUUAAAUACUUGUUCUGGCUUCAUUUAAAUGUUUAUAUUAUAAACUAAAAAUUUAUGUCCAAAAAAAAAACGAAAAACUUCGAGACGUGCCUGCUUUAAAGCGCACCUAAAGUACAAUGAUAAGUUUAAUCACUAUAACCCAAAUUUUCUUUGAGCGCAUGCAAAUACUUGCUUGCAUACAUGGAUUAAUUAUAGCUAUAGUUGAUAACAAUACCAAAACAAAUAGUAAUCUGAUCAAUAUUUUUUCAGAUCCGUCAACCGACUCCCAUAACCACUUAAAGUAAUAUGUAACCUCCUUAACUCGAAUGAAUAUGUACUUGAAUCCAGUGACUUUUUUUGUAGCCCUUAACUCAAUAUAUGACCUUCUUAACUCAAUAUUUAUACACCACUGAUUAACAUUUGUUUCACUUCCAGCAGGCUCCAGUUAAAGAUCAUCAGCUGCAAAUUAAGCGUUAAGCCAAAUUAGCCCAAAUAUAAACAUAUUUUUAUCCCCAUUUAGCUAAAUAUGUAAAAUUUGUCUAAACAGUUUCAAUGCAUAUUAUUACAACUGUCAAAAUUACUUAGGCCCGAAAUAUACUCUUGAAGUUUUAAAAGCAUCAUAAUCAUAAUCAUUAUUAAGUCUUGUAAAUGACUCACACAUAUAUAAGUUCCAAAAACAUGGUGCGUAUCAUCACAUGCCAUACUUUUUGGGUGGUGCUUUUAAUAUCAAUAUUUUGGGUUUUGAUAUGGAAGUUCUCGGACAUAUAUAUAGUCUUUUAAGCAAACUUGUUCUACAAAACUUUCUUUAACAAUUCCUAAAUUAUGUAUUGAGGAUGUUACUUGAGGAAGGAUGUCAGGGUGGGAUUGGAAGAACAUGCAAAGGAGUAAAGAUAUGGCAGUGUUUUUUUGGGUGAAAAUUGUUAAGUGAUAUGGCAGUGUUCUUAACGCAGACACACUAUAAGCAGAAGAAAGAGGGAGCCAGAAGGCGUUGGCUUCCAUUGUCUACUUCUCUAUAUUCUACAAUUAAAUUAAUUUUGAAGUAUUUUUAAAACCUAAAAAAUUAUAAUACGUACAUUAGUAGUGUUGUUGUAUUCCUUUCACAUGACUUCCAUCAUGUUCUUUUGUCCUCCCUUUUCUCUCUUUACACCCUCUCAGAAUAAAUAAAAGAAAAGGAUUAAAAAACGUGACACAAUAACUUCAAGGAUGCCGACCAAAAAAAACGAAAUCAAUGACGUACACUAAAUCCUCAGUUUAGCUUACGAGUGCGAGCCUAGUAGUCACCAUCCAUAGCCAAAAUAUCCACAUGAUGCAGAGUGCAGUUAAAAGAUCAGUAAUUCACAUCAUGAUGAUGGACUUAAACCCAUUUUAAGAUAGUUAACUAAAACUAAUUAAUGAUUUGAUUGGGAGGAGUUGGAAUAUGACGUUAAGUAUACACUCCAACCACUUAAAAGUUUCUAUAUUUUUCUAUUUUGAUACCCAAGAAUAUCCUCUUUGGCUUUAUAAUUAGAGUGUAUAGCAAUUAAGCAAAAAGUCUAAGUAAUUAUUUUCCUCACUGGCCAUCUUUUUUCUUCUCUUUUUUUCAGUUAUGAAACAAACUAACAAGUUUCAUUUUUAGGAAGUGUGUUUUUUUCAUUUUUAUGAUUAUAAUAUUUCUUCUUGGACGUCUUUACUGUCUAAAUGUAGAUAUCAGUUUUAUAACCGAUCCUCUGACAUAUUUAUACCGUUUUUCUUUGUUCAAAUUUAUGCCGUUUUGUUAUUAUGUUAAUCUAGUUUCAAUACAUGUUUUUCAUAUAUACUACGAUUUUUUUCAUCCGGUGGAGUAAAAUGUUGUCAACUGAAAUCUUAGUUGUAAGACAACCAAAUUAUGGCUUAUUUUCCAGCCCUAAUCUACUAAUGAAUAGAAGAAGGGAACCGACCAUCUCUACCAAAUAUAAUAAACAACUUCUAAGCCAUUGAUCCCUAAACACGAAUUAGAAGAAAACUAAAGAGAAAAAGAGUCUAAAGUAGUAAUGACCGGGACUGAUUGGGUCGUGGACGAGAUUGAUACCAGUGCAUGGCCUAUCAAUUGGACAGAACACUCACAUAUGCCAAUCCCUCCUUAAUUACUGGUGUUCCCUCUAAUAUUUUACUAUAUAGUUUCCCAGAGGCUCGCAAAUUUUAUUUUUUUUAAGAAAAAGAUCGCAAAUAUUAUUUACUACAACACAUUACGUAUCAUUCAAUAUACAUAACGCACACAUAUGUAGACUACAUUUAAGACUACUCUCAUUUUAACAAAAGAAUGUUGUUUUAAUAGAAAGAAAAUAAAGACAAAAAAUACAUAGCAGUUGUUAUUCAUUUAUUUUUUCGUUCCAUUUUCUUAUAACCGCUCUCAAAAUACUACAUUUACAUGAGUUUUAAGUUAGUCAUAGUUGUUUAAAUGAUAUAUAUAGCCAUAUUUCUUUACAUUAUAUAGUCAUAUUUGUCUAAAUUACAAGCCUUUUCUUUUCAACAUACAACAAUAUAAAACUACUUAGAAAAAACCUUUCUCUCUCUUUAGUUUCAAAAUCAUUGUUUAAAAUUAAUUAUCAUAUCUACUCGUUAAGUCACAAACUCACAAGGUGUGUACUUAACUUAUGUGUGGUUGCAUUUUCGUGAAUUUAAAAUACAAGAACCCCACUUCAGGAAAUUAGAGCACCAUUAACCCUAACAUCCCAAGUGGGGUGCUUAAUUUUUUUUUCUUUCUUUUUGAUUUUUUCUCUGAUUUAAAAAAAAAAUUAAAACGAAUCAGUCGCAGACCGCCACGUGUCAGUGGAAUCCGCGAAACAGCUCAAGUAUCGGCGCCAGAUCUGGCAUCUUUGGUGUCGCUUCUUCUCCUUUUCUGGUGGAACCCACCUUUAAAGCACUCCUCUUAGCACCUGCAUUAAUCAUGCUCUUACACUUCAUAAAAAAAAAUACUCAUUUCUUUGUGUCUAUACUCCUUAUAAAUCACAGGCCUUCCUCUUCCCCCAACACAACUUCUCACAUUUCAUAAAAAGUGAGACAAAUUACGAGAGAACAAAAGUGAUCCAAGAACAUGAACCACACGAUGGAUGAUGAUCAAAACUUGGCUUUUAUCUCUCAAUUGUACCCCGAUGUCUACACUCAGAUACUACCACAAGAAGAAGCAGUGAAGCCACCGAAGCGAAGGAGGAAGGAGAUCAAAAGAGCCGUGGCUACUGGAGACGGAAGCAACUGUUUUUUUAGGAAGAGAAAGCUUAGCGAUGAGCAAGUGAACAUGUUGGAGAUGAGUUUUGGUGAUGAGCACAAACUUGAGUCCGAGAGGAAAGAUAGACUUGCCGCGGAGCUGGGGCUCGACCCUCGUCAAGUUGCUGUUUGGUUUCAGAACCGUCGUGCACGGUGGAAGAACAAAAGGCUCGAGGAAGAGUACAACAACCUCAAAAACUCACAUGAGAACGUCGUUGCCGACAAGUGCCGACUUGAGUCAGAGCUUCUUCAGCUCAAGGAACAACUCUAUGAUGCAGAGAGGGAAAUUCAAAGAUUGGCAGAAAGAGUAGAAAGAGGCUCGAGCAACAGUCCCAUUUCUUCUUCAGUUUCUGUCGAAGCUAACGAAACACCGUUUUUCGAAGAUUAUAACGUCAGAGAUGACGGUGAUGACUAUAACCUCUUUUAUCCGGUGCCGGAAAACACCUACAUAGACGGACUAGAAUGGGCAAAUCUAUACAUAUAAAAUUAAUAGCUUAAUGUAAUAUUUUUAAUUGUAUUUAGUAGUGCCAUGAUUUAGGGAAGAGUAUUUUUAAGUAAACUAGCUAGUACCUAGUAGAAUAUGUAACUGCUGAAUUUCUAGUGUACAAAUAAAUAUAACGACGAUGGGUUUCAGAAAUUCUUGAUCUUUUUAUAUAUUUUUUUUGAAAAAAAUCUUUUUAUAUAUUUAUUUACAAUGUAUUGUCGUAAGUCUAGAAGAUAAAGGACUAGAUGACAUGCACAUGAGAAAUGUUGUUAAUCGAUGGAUAAGAGUUUUAGGAGGUCGGAUAAAAUUUAUCAAUGUUGGUGAAACAUUAUGAGUCAUAUUUCGCAGUGUCACUCGAAAACUAAUGAGUAAAUCCAUAAUAUGGUUAGCGAUCAUAUUGGCCAUUAUCACCAGUGAUCGCAUACUUAAUGUGAAAAUGUGAUAGUCAUAUCAAAAUCGAAAGAAACCAACGGAUUACAAUUAUGAGCUGGUUACAUGCAUUAGUAUAUCAAGAUAGAACAAUCAUCCAGUUUGAUUGUAUCCAUUUAAGUGUGGGCUACUAAUUUUCAUGUGUUGUUGGUGACACUCAUUAUGGAAAAUGGUUAUAACGACAUACGUAUUCUGAAAGGCAAAAUGUUUUAUUCCUGAUUUAAGGAUUCUUGAUACAUGUAUACAUCUUUCUAGUAUAUCCUUACAAGAUAUUUGAUUCAUGCAUCUGUUUAAUAUUGACCAAAAAUUUGUUGGUCUCAUAAAGCUUAGCUAGAAACUGUGGACCCACGAAGAAAUGUUUGGCGAAUAAAUGAAAGAUUUGAUGUAAUCUGGGUAAAAUAGAAAGUGAAGUGUGAAGCAAACGUAGUGUAGUGGUCUUUCCUAAAUUAGUAUGUUUGAAGUACUCGUAUCUACUUUCAAGUUUCAAAACAUUCACUGUAUCUAGUCCUCAUUCCGAUGAGAUUAAGAAAGUUUGUCACCUUAUUUAUAUGGUAAUCAAUCACAUGAUCACCUAAUGGCAAUGCUAAUGCUACACGAAAGAUAAUAUAUUUGUUUAAGGUAAUGAUCUGUUUGAAGUACCCUAGAUUUUGACAUCUAUGUUAUAGCUUUCCAAAUCAAUUUUUAACUUCUAACAAUAUGUCAUUUGGAUCCAUUAAAAUUUUGUUAACUUUGCCAUCAGAUGAAAAUAUUCUCUACAUUCUAAUCAGAAUGUUUUAGUCACACAAACACAAAGUAUUCACCUUUUAACGUUCUUAAUUAUGUUAAAUUUUUAACUGAAAAUAAUUCAAACUAAAAGUUUAUGUUAUAAAUGAUGUAAGGAAACAUAAAUAACUGAAAAUAAUAAAUAUAGGAAAAUAUAUUUAUCUAAUCUAUUAAAAGAGGAGUACAAAUUUAAAUUACCCCUUAGUUUUGCAAGUUAUUUACAUUUCUAUGGCACUGAAAUAUUAAAUAAACCUAUAUUUAAGGAUAUUUUGUCA